AUGUCCUCCCGAUUCCCCCCAUCGUCCGGGUUCAAUUCCCGUGACCGUUCUCCGCAGCGAUUUGGAGACCGUCGCCCCCCGGUCGGUCCUCGUGGUCCUGACGACGGACCUGCACACUUUGGCAGAGACCCACCGCGUGGUCCAAGGGCCCUUGUUGACUCCCCUCGUGGGGGCCAUUUUGGUGGUCGUGGCAGAGGUUAUGGCCGUGGUGACUUUCGUGACCGCGACCCACGAGACCGUGACCGAGAUCGCGACUUUCGAGAUAACCGCGAUGGCCCACCAUUUCGCCGAGAUAUGGACCGGGACUGGGUUCGUCGCGACCGCGAUUUCGAUCCUCGGGACAACCGGAUUGGUUUUGGCCGAGGCCGCUCAAGAUCUCCGACACGCGACUUUCGGGACAUAAGGGAGCCCCUAGGGCGCGAUUUUGAUCUGGUUCGGAUGCGACGCAACUCGAGGGAUAGUAUCAUGUCUGCAUCUUCAGGAGGGCCAGAGGGUCCCCCUCCUAAUGGUGGCCAUAUACACCGAGGAGGCAUGCGAGGGCGUGGUCGCGGAGAUUGGGAAGGAGGCCGCGGCCGUGGUCGUCCACCCUUCCUCGAUGAUCGUGAUCUUUUCCGUCGCCGCAGUCGAUCCCGCGAACAGUGGCGUGGACGUGAUCGGAUGGUGGAUCGCGAUAGAGAUCGAGACAUGGACCGGGAUCGUGCAUUAGAUCGCGAUCGGAUGAUGGACCGAGAUCGUGACCGAGAUCUUCCACGUCCGAGAGAUCGAGAUCGAGAAUUAGAUCGCGAUUUGGACCGUCGAGAUCGUUUUGACCGGCGUGAAGAUUGGGACAACCGACGACCUGAUCGCGAGGACCAUCGCGCAGCGGACUUCUGGAAACGAGACCGCCCUCCAAGCCGUGCAGAUAGCCGGGCAGCUAGCGGCUCAACCACUUCCUCGCAUCCUCCUAUAGCACCUGGCCCUGGACCAAGCCUAGUAGAUCGCCUGCCUGACCAUCCCCAAGUGGAUCAUGGUCGGAAACCUUCAACCGUUCCUAGCAUUCCGAACCUGGAACCUACACGAGACUCCGAACGAGACGAUCCUGUCGCUGUUAGAGCUAGUGCUGGUCGACCUGACGCCAUCAGGCUCGAUGUUAUUCGCCCCGAUGCUCCUCGACCGGAUGUCGUUCGACCGGAUACUGUUCGCCCCGAUGCUCUUCGACCGGAUGCUCCUCGACAGGAUGAUCCUCGACCGGAUGCUCUUCGCCCUGAUGCUCCCCGAAUGGAUGCAGUUCGAUCCGAUGCUACGAAGAACCUACCUCUCAUUCGGAACUCACCACCUCCAGCCGCCCCCCAGGUGCCCGCCUUUGGCUCGGUAGCCGCACCCAUCACAAGUGCUCCAAACAGAGAUUCUUCAGACCAGCGCACGGCACCCAAUUCUGCUUUUCCCACAGAGAGAGACCGAAGUGAAGUCCCGCAACGCCAACCAGCCCAACCUCCUACAGGGCCCAAGGCAGAAAGAACCGACAUCACACAGCCUGUUGAGUCUCGCAGCCGCUUUGAAGGCCCCUGGGAGGCUGGCAAGCAGCAAGCAGCGUCUCCUCGCCCCUUUAAACCAACUACCAAUCUCCCUGAUGUAACACCACCCACCGGUCCAGCUGCCAUGACUCGGCAAGAUUCGAGUGUAGGGCCCAACGAAGCAUUUGGGGCCGGGAGGUCGAACUCGCUCACCUCUUCCCCUACUUUUACAAGAAUUCCACCGCCUGCCCCACGCGCAUUAUCCCGUGAGCCCUCCAUGUCGCCUAGAAUGCAAUCGUCUGGCAUUCCAACCGGCCCUCGAGCAUUGCAAUGGAAUCCCUCCCCGCGUGGCCGUAAAGGCAGCAAGCAAUGGGUGCGACCUGGCUAUGGUCGAACACCUUCGAUUCCCAAUGCACUACCGAAACAAGAGCCAGUCGAUGAGAGCGAAGGUGUUUCCCCUGCCAGUGAAGCCACACGGUCUCUAUUACCACCUCAUAUAGAUGAGCCUGAGAGUGGCGAGAUUCUUCCCCAUAAACCUGCGAGGGAACCCUCGCCUGUUUCCCCGUCAUUGAACCUCCCAUCACGGCGUAGUUUAUCAGCCGUUGACAUUCAAACAAUUGAUGUCAAUGAACCCUCCGAGAAGCGCGGUACCGAAAAACCCUCCUUGAUACCGGAUUUUGAGGGUUCAAGUGACGAGGACGAUGGAGAGAAGAUCAUUUUUACUCAGGAGUAUCUUGAUGAAAGGAAGCGGAUCUUUGAAAAGGAUAUGGAGUCACUCCGAGCAGAAUUGCCUCCACCACCUUUGGAAGAUUCGGCUGUCGUCGCUCUGUUGCUUAAAAUCCAACUACUUGGCAUGGUAGCCGACGAGCAGACAAUUGAACGUCCCCUCGCAGCACUCGCCGAACGAGUGUUAGAACGACCAGUGGAUCCUUUGCCCUCAGUAGAGGAUGAAGAGGCAACAGAUCACCCAAGCACUGAGCGAGUAGUCUCUUUUGUUUCUACCCUACCCGAGCGCGAGCCAGAGCCAAUUACGGAAACGAUCAUUCCCCCUGUGGUACGUCCGGGUGAGGUUACUGUCGAAAGCCUUCCAUUCUUGCACUCAGGUCCCCCAACACCGAUUUCAGAUAUGGUUGUAUACCAUGAGAACAUUGCGACCCAAAAUCGUCUCAGGGACGCGUUCAGCAAACAACUUUCACAGUGGCAAGCGGAAACUUUUAGGAAAAACGCAAUCCUUAGGGACGAAUACGUGUCUCACUAUAAGCACUGGCGAAUGGCUAUUUGGGAGCUCGAUCGUAUGAAGGACAAGAAGUCUGUGACCCCUGGUCCAGCCUCUCCUCAAGUUUCCACCGUUCCAACUACACCGGCGCCCAUGCCUGAAGGUCGCGAAGGACGUCGGUACAAAGGGAACAGUGAGCUCGAUUUUCUCAAUGCUUUGAAAGCUUCUGAAAUCUCCGCGCAAGAAGAGCUUGAGCGUCGACGAAUCAAGAUGGCUACUGCUCGGCCCGAUUUGGGCCGUGAAGCGAUCAUCCCCAACAUGCUCGAACCGCGGGAGGUAAAGGCUCGCAUCUAUAAAGAUGUGAACAACACCAUUGAGUGCAACAGGGCUCUGGAUGUUUUCGGCUUCGUGCCACCCCCCAAUGACUUCACCCCGGAGGAGCAUAUGAUUUUCACGGACGCCUUUAUGGCACAUCCAAAACAGUGGGGCAAGAUUGCUGAAUCUUUGCCCGGUCGAAAUUUCCAGCAAUGUAUCGUACAUUAUUAUCUCACCAAGGAAGAGAUUAAGUACAAGGCCAAGCUCAGCAAGCGCUGGAGUAAGCGGAAGGGAACUAAAAAGGGCCCACGACCAAAGUCAAACGCCCUCAUCGCAGACUUAAGUGUGGUGAAACCUGACUUUGUUGGCGAGGAGGAGCCACCCGCUGUCACAGACACCGGUCGUCCACGUCGUGCAGCUGCACCCACGUUUGGCGAGUCCGCCGAGGCAGAAAGCGCGCCAGUUGGCCGUCGGGCUCAGCUUGGCAAGGACGGCGAACCGGUGGAAAGACCGUCUCGGCGUGGCGGACGAGGCGGAGCUGCUCGGGCUGCACGGCGCGUGAAGACCGCUACUCAACCGGAUCCGAAAGCUCAAGUGGUAGCCUCACAGGGAAAUCUGCCUCCAAUUGUACCCCCAGCGCCAGUUCAUCCUGGAAGCGAGGUGGAAUUGCCCCCUGAUCAGAUCUUGGAAGGGUACGAGUCCCGGGAACGAGAGCGUGCCGAGAAAGAAUCUUCAACACCAAUCCCGCGAGGUAGGGUGGGACGAGGAAAGGGAAAAGAAGGAGUAUAUAUAUUUGAGUCUACUGAAGUUGACCCGUCUCUGACAAGCAAACAGCUUGAGACGGGCUAUGGCUCCUUGCAACCAACGAGUUAUUGGUCUGUACCGGAGCAGCGCGAUUUCCCUGCCUUGUUGGGACAUUUUGGCCGUGAUUUCGAGGGUAUCUCGGGCUGGAUGAAGACCAAAACAACGGUGAUGGUCAAAAACUUCUAUCAACGCCGCCUGGACUCUGGUCAGAAAGACUUCGAGUUGAUUUUAACAGACGCAGAGGAGAAGAAGGCGCGCGGCGAGCCCACAGGACCGCUUCCUACUCCAAGUGUUGCGCCAAAGCGACGAUACGAGGCGACUCCGUCUUCUAUUAUUCCUCGUCCACUUGCCCCUCAUGGGGACCCUAUGGCUGAGGCCGAUGAAAUACGAUUCCCUAAAGGCAAGGCUGUUGGUCUCUCACCGCAGCCAAUGUCUCUGCAUGGGCGACCUCCACCCGAUAAGGAGCGAAAUGUCGGUCGCUACCAGCCACUCGCACAAGCUUCCGCUGCUUCACCAGUGCCCUCUACUGCAACUUUGAUUGAAGAGUCGACUCGGGCCAUUCGCGCGCAGGGAGGGCCAUCCCACCGCAUUCAGGGCCCACGCCUUGGGUAUUUUACAGAGGAUAGACGAGACUCUUCGGUAUUGCCCCAUGUCACUUCCCGGACGCAAGAACUACCAAUGUCCACGCGCCACUCUGGCUCUAUGCCAUCAGAUAUGCCACGAAUGGAACCUUUGUCUGCGCAAGGCUACAUGCCCGCACAGCAGCAAACUUCUCUCCUUUCAUCGGCCCACUCACGUCACCCCAGCCUAACACAACCCCCCGGCUCGCCAACCCAACAGCUUAGACCAGAACUCGACGUUUCGUCUGUUCACCGCGAUCCUUUUGCACAAAGACCCUACUACUCACUCGCAGGGCAACCCAUGGGUCUAGCCCAGUCACCACGCCCUGUGUUGUCGCCAGUGAAGGAUGUCCCUCGCCCGAGUGCUACCCCUGCCCCCGACGCAACUCGUCAGGUGCCUGCUAAACGGUCUAACAUUAUGAGCAUCCUUAAUGAUGAACCCGAAGAGCCUCAGCCGCGCAAACGAUUUGCCAGCGAGCAGGCUCCAACUGCCCCUGGCGUAACCACAGGCUUAAACACACGGCCUGUAUACCAGGCUGGCGCAACCCCUCGUCAUGAAGACACUAUCAUGUCAGGUAUGUCGCAAAAGCCCCCUGGUUAUGCCCAGCAAAGCCAAUAUCAGCCAUCUUCUCGCGGAUACGAGUAUCCUGGCUAUGGAACCCCUCAUGGCGGCUCAGGCACGUCGGCGAAUAACGACUGGAUGGCACGUUUUGAUCCACGGGCGCAACAAACACCACCGCAGCCUCAGGCUCAAUCACUUCCAUCACAGCAGCAGCAAAGCGGCCGCCAGGGCUCCUAUUCAUCUUACACGGCAACUCCAAGCCAAUCUUCGGUGCCUUUGACGAAUCUUCCUGCCCCGUCCCCAGCGCCGACUCCCCCGCCAACAAAUGCCUCUCAACGAUCGGCUUAUCCCAAUGUUUUUUCGCAAGCCUCCUCCGCUCAAGCACCUAUGCCCUCUGGAUCCCGAGAUAUGACCUCGCAACCGACUUCAUAUCGACAAGGGUCACCUGGCCCACGUUCUAGUAUUCCAUAUGGAUCGCGACAAGAUCCACCAACGCCAGGACAGUCUUCCGCUAGCUUGUAUGGUAUGCAUUCGCGCCAGUCCGCAACGCCAACUGCAGUACAGUCACAUAGCUAUCAACAGCAUGUGCAAACAAUGGUCAGUGGGUCGCAUCAGCCGCAAUCCCACCGGUCCACCCCUGUCAACUUACCCGGUGCAUCUUCACAGUACGGACACAAUACCCCUCCUCCCCAGUCCCAGGCUGGCCGGUCAAUGGCAUCGCUGGCGAGCCUCGGUCGUUCAUAUACUCCUCCGUCGGCUCUACAUCCCUCUAUGAGCGGAGGCACCAUGAGUAGCUAUGCUCCCCCUCAGUCAUCCGGGCCUGGAUCGAUACCGCCACUCCACCAACGACCUUCAGGAUCGCUUGGUGACACUGUGUCCACCCCAACACAUCACCGUGUCUACAGUCAUGGGUCAGCUCAAGGUGGACUGCCCCCUUCACAACCUCGCUAG